AUGCCAAGCAGCGUAAUUUUGGACCAUGACGGUGGCCACGAUGACCUGCUUGCCUUGGCACUCCUCCUUGCCCACCCAGAGAAGGUGCGGCUCAUUGGCUGCAUCUGUACCGAUGCGGAUUGUUUCGUGGAUGACGCAUUUAGCGUCACCGGGAAGGUUAUGAGCCUUGUUCACACUCGCGCAAAGGUGCCUCUCUUUCCCAUCGGUGUGUCCUCCUUUCGUGGCGUGAAUCCCUUCCCGUCGCUGUGGCGCAGCCAUGCAAAGAACAUGGAUGACUUGCCCUGCCUGAACCUCCCCGAGCACGUCGCGCUGUGGGACAAGGUGAAGGCCGAGAACAGGAAAUUGGUGGGUGAGCAGCUGCUCGCAGACCUGGUGAUGAAUUCACCGGAGAAGGUAACCAUCUGCGUGACGGGACCACUCUCCAACGUGGCGUGGUGUAUCGAGAAGUAUGGGAGUAAGUUUACGGAUAAGGUGAAAGAGUGCGUCAUCAUGGGCGGCGCUGUCGACGUUGGCGGUAACGUUUUCGAGUCCACCAGUGACGGCACGGCAGAGUGGAACAUUUACUGGGACCCACCAGCGGCGAAGGUGGUGCUUGCGUGUCCGCACAUGCGCAGUGUUCUUUUCUCACUUGAUUCGACGAACCACGUCCCUGUAACCUCGUCCCUUGUGCAGCGCUUCGGCUCCCAAAACGAGUGUCUCCUUUCGCAGUUUGCGGGGUCUGCCUGGGCCAUGUGUACGCACUAUGAACUUAUUCGCCCGGGCGAUGGCUACUACGCCUGGGAUGUGCUGACUGCCGCCUACGUGCUCGACCAUAACUUGGCGGAGGUUGAGCCGAUUGCAUUGGAGGUGGAGACAAACAAGACGAAGAGCGAGGGACGCACGUUUCGUUCCACGCAAGGAGGUCCUUGCACCUAUGUUGCCAAGCACGUCAAGGCAGACAUGUUUUAUGACAUGGUGCUCUCCAGUAUGCGCUGUUGCUAA